CACUAACUACUUACUUUAAUUUUAAUCGUAACUGCGCAAUGAUGCACAUUGCUUACAAAAUCUUUGAAACACAAGUGUCGCCUUUAAUUUUAUUUUAUACAUUUGGAUACAAGAAGUAAGGAAUUAUAAUAAUGAUGCGUCUUUUAGAAGUACCUAUCUUCGUGGUCUUCAUCUGUUUGGUAGGUAAUUCAAUAUCAGAUACAAAACCUACAGCCAGUAGUACAACAACUAAUGGUAAUUACACGGAGACUAAUACUACAGAGAGGAUGGACAGUACUACAGAGAGGAUGGACACUGGUUUUGCACUGAACACUGCAACUGAUGUUACGGACAGUACGGCAACAUACACGAGGGAAACUGAGGUGAAAAAAACUGGAGUGGCAACAGCAACAACAACGGAAAAUUGGGUGAGAGUAGGUGAAACAGAAGAGACCACAACCAUAAAGGGAAAUAAAAUGACAGGAGAAGAUGGAAGAAAUGGAGCUACAACAGCCACAAUGAAAAAUGGAGUCACAGGAGGUGGGGGAAGUACAGAAGGACAAGAUGCCACAGCCACAAUGGGAAAUGCAGGGACAGAAAAUAGAGGAGCAACAGAAAAUGGAGUGACAGUAGGCGGGGGUGGUGAAGGACAGGGAGGAAAUGGGAAUGGAGACGGAAAUG